CCAAUAUCCCACUUUCCUGUCAUUACGCAGUUGUAAACAAAUUACCAACUUUUCUCAUUCUUGCAGCCACGGCCACCAUCAUCAUGGCAAUUUUCAAUAAAAUUCAAAUUGCAAUCGGCUUCCUGUCCCUGCUCCAUGCGGCAUAUUCUGCCGCCCAGCACCGGUCAUAUCUUCGGAUCACGGAACAGGAAUUCACCCAGCUACCGAUCGAUAUAAUAUUUCAAGCUAUCGCCAGCUUGAUCUACAUAAUCUACAACAUACUGCAAGUGGUGGGUGAUUUCAAGGAAAUUCGUGCCGCGGUCGAUUUGCAGGCCAAAUCGUGGGAAACUCUGGCAAACAUUCCCUCGUUUUACACCUUCAAUCAUCGUGGUAAGGCGCUCUCUCCCGUGUACGAACAACCAAACCCCGAAGCAUAUGACCGUCCGUACACAUCGGAGGCCUAUCUGGAUUAGCUUAUUCCUUUGUGUAAAUCAGAACAAUUCUAAAUAAAUGAGCUCCACGUGUGGCAGAGAGUACAUCGACGUGUACGAUAACUAACUAAAAA